UGUAAUAGUGUGAUAUCGAGGUGCCACAUAUCUCCCUCUGCAUGCAAACAUCCCUAAUACUAUGCCGCCACGCACCUCUCUGCCCAUACUCUCACACCAUCCUCGUCACCUCUCUCUCUCUCAUCACUAUAUACCUAUAAAAAUCACAACCCCCUCUCCCUCUCUCUCUCAUCUAACUCCAAAUUUAAUUCAAAAUUCUAAUAAUCACCCCAAAAUUAUGAUGGGCAGCGUUUGCGCCGAGCAGCAACACAAGUUCCACCACUCCCACCAACUCCUCCUCACCAAGAAGGCCCUCCGCGACAUCGACAUACCCCCCCGCAAGCAGCUCCUCCUCUCCCGCUCCUCCCCGAGGAGCGGGAGCGGGGGCGGGGCCAGCGACGCGGCGGAACUGCACAGUUCCGCCGCGUCGUUCUCCAAGUUCCUGCCCUACAACGACGGGGACGAGGGCGGGGACGAGGACGGGGACGACCCGUACUCGUCGGACCACUUCCGCAUGUACGAGUUCAAGGUGCGGAAGUGCAACCGCAGCCGGAGCCACGACUGGACCGACUGCCCCUUCGCCCACCCGGGGGAGAAGGCGCGGCGCCGCGACCCGCGGCGCCACCACUACUCCGGCAGCGUCUGCCCGGACUUCCGCAAGGGCCACUGCGGGAAGGGCGACGCGUGCGAGCUCUCGCACGGCGUCUUCGAGUGCUGGCUCCACCCCUCCCGCUACCGCACCGAGGCCUGCAAGGACGGCCGGAGCUGCAAGCGGAAGGUCUGCUUCUUCGCCCACUCCUCCCGCCAGCUCCGCAUCGUCCCCGACCCCACCCCGGCCCCCGCCUCCCCGACCGCCGAUCACCCCAAAUUGAGCCACCAUUGCUGCAUGUACUGCCACUGCUCGAUGACGGCCUCGCCGACGUCCACGCUCAUACCCCACAUGUCGCCGCCGCUCUCCCCGCCCAUCUCCCCCUACGGCCGCUCCGCGGCCUACAAGGACGCGCUCGCCGACCUCAUGGCCUCCUUCGAGGCCAUGAGCGCCGGCGAGGCCGCGUCCCCGUCUCCGUCCACGCCGGGGGCGGGCUCCCUGGCGUGGCUGGAUGUGAAUUUGGAGGAGCAGCCGCAGUUCGUGAUGUCGCCGUCGGCUGCUCCUCCCCGUGGUGCUCGCAAAUUCUACUCCGGACAGAGUAAGCUCAAGUUCGAGGACUAUUCCGGCGGCGAGGCGAAUGCCGGUGGGCCCGACCUCGGGUGGGUUAAUGAUCUCCUAACUUGAAGGGAAGUAGAAUGAGUGAGCGAUGAUUAAUACUACGCCGCUUGUAUAUACGGGAAGGAUGCAAGGUGAGAUUGGUGGUGGUGGUGGGAGGAUGUGAUUAUUUUUUGUGGUGAAAUUGUUAAUUUGGUUUUUGUGUUGAUUAUGGGUUUUUAAUUAUGUGUUAAUCAUGAAUAAUUAGUGGUGGUGGCGGUGGCGGUGGGGAUUUUGGAGGUGUAAUUCUUGUUUUGAUGAUCAGCUGCAAGACUCAUGGUGAUCACUGUGAUUAAUUAAUGUAAUGUACAAUAUAUCAUAAUCUGAUCCCGAUCCUUUUUCUUUGUUAAUCAA